AGUCCGGGGUGUCUUUUCCCUCCAUAGAUCGCCAGUUACUUUAAUAACAACUCUAGGAUUUGUUUGAAAACACCUCGGCACAACAAAUCUCCCAGCUCGGGGGAUUCUAAUCAGCCCGGUGAGGUUCAGAUUCUGACCCACGUACAGACAGUGCAGCUGGGGUCUCCCAGCGAGACCACUCGAACCAUCGCUGCAAUCCCUGGUCAGCUGCAGACAGACGCUCUCUCUGCAGAUCACAGGUGAUUACUGAGUUUCCAGCUCUCAGUGGAAUGAUGUGUGAAGUCAUGGAACUGGCUACUCUGGGCCGUCCUUUCCAGCUAGGAAUGCUGUACGACUGCCGGUCAGACACUCUGAUCCCAGAUUGGUGGAGUUCGGAAAGCAGGAGGAUGUGGACAGAUGAAGAAAAUGAACAAUGAAGUGGUGUAUAGAAUACAGAGCAAGGAAGUACAUCACCUUGUGGGAUUCACAGACACUCCAGAAUAACCUCAGUAGUCGGGAUCAGCCCAGCACUGAGUUUCACAUCCUCACAUUGGACUCCAUGGAGAAGAAAGUUGCCGCACUCAAUGUGUCGGAAUCACUGAAAGCAAGUCUGCUGAGUGGUGCAGUGGAGGUGAAAGGAUCAGCAAAAUAUCUCACUGACACAAAGGAAUCAAAACGACAGGCACGAGUUACCCUCCAGUACAAAACAACGACCAGCUUUGAAAAACUGACAAUGAGCCACUUGAGGAAGCUGAACAUCAGUGACCCGAGUGUGUUUGACGAGGAGUCGGCAACCCAUGUCGUUACAGCAGUGCUGUAUGGGGCCCAGGCUUUCUUUGUGUUUGAUCAAAUGGUCACUCCAGCAGAGAAACUGCAGGAUGUCCAGCGUGAUAUGGAAGCAAUGAUUACACAUCUCCCUGAGUUUGCAGUUCAGGGGGAAGAUUCACUGAAAAUGACGGAAGAACAGAAGUUUAAUUCUGAGAAAUUUAGCUGCACCUUUUAUGGGGAUUUCUCACUGAAGAACAAUCCCACCACAUUCCAAGAUGCCAUCAGUACCUAUGCAAGCCUCCCAAGCUUACUGGGAUCAGGUGGGGAGAAUUCAGUGCCUAUGAGAGUCAUACUUUAUCCUCUCAGUAAACUAAACUCAAAUGCUGCUCGGGUGGUGAGGGAGAUAAGUGUGGGUUUGAUCAGUCACUGCCAGCGUGUCCUGGAACAGCUCAGUAAGGCAGUGAUGAGAUGCAAUGAUAUGCUGAAAGACAGGGUCUCCAUUCAGUUUCCUGAGAUUGGAGAUAGGACAAAACAAUUCCAAGGGAUGUGCUUGGAAUACAAACUGGUUUUCCAGGGGACUUUAGCAAGAGUUUUGCCACCUAUCCGGGGAGGUAAAGAAAAGAAAGGUUUACUGGCGGAUAUACUGAAGAACAGGGAACAGUCACCAUUCAGUCAGCAGUCACUGGUCACAUGGUUGGAUAAUAAGGAACAGGAGAUGAAGGCAGUGGGACAUUACCUCAAGAUGUUUGAAGAUAUAUCUUUGGUGAAAUCAAAGAGAGAGUUGGAUGAUGAGCUGAUGGAUCCAACAAUAGACUAUGUGGUCUGCUUCACAUUUACAUCACUGCAUCAGGAUGAUCUCUAUCUGUCAGAGGCAAAGAACUACCUCCAAUCUCUCACAGAUCAGAAAAUGCAGUCACCAACUCCUACUGGGGCCUGUGCGACACGACACAGCAAGCAGUGGUUUUGCCAACAGUCUGUGUCCCAUAAAGUGGAGGAAAAUUCUCAAUUAUUCCUGGACUUUGCCACAGCCAACAAAGCAGAUGGGAAAAUAAAAUUUCUUGUUACGUCUGUGAAGGAUGACAGUCAAACAGGAUCAGCUAUUUACCUGUAUCGGGAAGGGUCUCUGGAGAACCCAUGUUUUGAACCCCCAUCACAGCCAAGGAGACCUAUAGUUCAUCAAACAACACAUGACAGUGUGAUACUGCAGUUACAUCCACCCAGAUAUGGUGCCAGUGAGAUUGUGGGUUACAAGGUAGAGUACCAGGGCCCCCAGCAGGAGGGAUGGACAUCUGUGGUUACACCUGAUAAAUCCCAGUCCUUCACAAUAUCUGGGCUGCAGCCAGGCAAGAGGUAUUAUUUCCAAUACACAGCUGUGUCGAAGGUAGGUGUCAGCAAGGCCAGUGUCAACUCUCGGUACAUCACUUGUCCUACAAGUUCACCUGGUCAACUGGCCUUCCAAUGUUGUUCACCAAUUGCCACUCUGACUUGGGACAUUCCAAAACAGAAUGGGGAUGGUGUUAAAAUAUUUCAGAACAAAAUUGAAUAUAAAGAAGAGACAACAGUUGGGUCCAAAAUGGAGUAUGGAUUAUGCAAGGCAGUGAAGACAAGUGAUACACAAUGUCAUUAUCAGCUAAAGGAAUUGAAACCAAAGGCAAAAUACAGAGUCCGAGUGUCUGCUGACUGUGGGGAAGCAGGUUGCAGUGCAGCAAGUAAUGAGCUAUUAUUAGAAACAGUAAAUGCACCAAAGAGAAUAGCCCAGAAACUUUUGAGAGAAUCUCCAGUGAUAUCCAAAGGAAACCCUUCCAUUUACAAGCUCAACCUGAAGGAGAAGAUAUUGGAUGAUAGGAAACACCUUGUGAAAUGCUCCUUUGGAAAACUCAGUACAAAACACGGAAUGAAGACAAUUAUGGUUCUGGGAGCAACAGGGUCAGGAAAGACGACCCUCAUCAAUGGGAUGAUCAACUACAUCUUGGGCGUGGAAUGGAAAGAUUACUUCAGAUACAAGUUAAUAGAUGAAGAGACAGGAAAAUCCCAGGCUGAAAGUCAGACAUCCUCCAUCACUGCCUACGAACUCCACCAUCAGGUAGGAUUUAAAAUUGAUUACUCUCUGACUAUCAUCGAUACACCAGGAUUUGGAGACACCAGGGGAAUAAGCCGAGAUCACUUGAUCACUGAGAACAUCCGAGAGUUUUUCACCUCCCCACAGGGUGUUGAUCAAAUUGAUGCUGUGUGUUUUGUUGUUCAAGCCUCUUUGGCUCGCCUGACACACACACAGAAAUAUAUCUUUGAUUCAAUUCUUUCUGUUUUUGGCAAAGAUAUUGAAGAGAAUGUUCAGAUAUUGGUGACAUUUGCAGAUGGACAGCCUCCCCCUGUUCUGGAGACUUUGAAGGUAGCAGAGGUACCAUGUCCCAAAGAUAAAAAUGGUGUGCCAGUUCACUUCAAGUUUAACAAUUCAGUUGUGUUUGCCCAGUGUAUGGCAUCUGGAAAAGCUGCCGAUAAGGAUACUUCUGAUGACAGUGAAGAAGAGCAUGAUGAUAAUUUUGAUGCAAUGUCCUGGAAGAUGGGAGAAAACAGUAUGAAGAAAUUCUUUCGGGCUCUGAACAAGAUGGAAACAAAAAGUUUAUCUUUGACCAAAGAGGUUUUGAUGGAACGUAAGCAGCUGGAGACUGUAGUGGAGGGGUUGCAGGUUCAGAUCAGAGUUGGCCUGACCAAACUGGAGGAAGUCAGGAAAACACAACAAGUUCUGAACCAACACCAGACCGAGCUGGAAGCAAAUAAAGACUUUGAGUAUGAGAUUGAGAUUACAGUUCCUGAACAGGAAGAUAUCAGCAAAACAGGCCAUUACAUAACCAACUGUCAAAAAUGUCACUUCACCUGUCACUAUCCCUGUGCGAUUGCAAAUGAUGCAGAAAAAUCUGGGUGUGCAGCAAUGGACGGGAAUAGAAACUGCACUGUCUGUCCCCAAAAAUGUGUCUGGAGUGUUCACUUCAACCAGAAAUACAAGUUUAACUAUGUAACCAAAAAGGAGAAGAGAACAUACGAUGAGCUGAAAAAAAAUUAUGAGAUGGCCUAUGGUGAGAAGAUGACUCAGCAGAAUAUCAUGGAGAGCCUUCAGCAAGAGUUUGUUGUGGUUCAGAAUGUUGUGUUGGAGUUUAUUGAACAAUUAUCCAUCAGCAUUAGGAGACUUGAAGAGAUAGCUCUGAGACCAAGUCCGUUAUCCACUCCAGCUUAUAUUGAGCUCCUGAUUCAGUCUGAGAAAGAAGAGGCCAAGCCUGGGUUCCUGGACAGAAUUCAGGCACUGAGGGACGUCAAGGAACGGGCAGAGUUGAUAGAGAAAGUUACCAAUGUGAAUAUGUCAUCAGAGGAACAGAAGCAAAAUCCAACAGAGUCAAAAAAAAGCACUGGAAACUGGGUUACAAACAACCUUUCUAUCAUUUUUAAUAGGUUCUCUACCAAUAUAUAACUGGAAGACAUUGCAACCAUAUCCAAAAUGGGAAGCAGUUGUUUCACCCAGCUGAUAAACAAUCUGCUGAUUGCAAUUCACCCUCCAUCUUCUCCAACAUCUGCCCGCAGUAUUUAAGACCACAUUGUUUUUCCUCAAUGCUGCCCUCCCUCAGACAUGAUGGGAGCUGUGGACAGAGAAUUUAUCCACAUUCCUUCCUCUUUCCCAUCUACGUCCCAUCCCUUGGAAACAGCAUUGGAAUCGCAGCCUCUAUUACCCCUGUACACAGUCUACUCACAGCUCCACCCCCACCAACUCCUCCUUCAAUCCCUAUUCUCUCCAUGUUGGCAGACAGCACAUUCCCUGAUCUUGUACGAAAUGAUGGUAAACUUUCUCCCAGUUGUAUGCUUCUCUCUGACUACUGUCAGAGUCUCGCCCAUGGGAUGGGUGGAGCAUGGAUGUGUUCCAUGAAAUUCAGCACAGAAAAAUAUAAAGUAGGAGAAAUAAAAUAAGACUUAAGUUAUCAAAUGAUAUAGGAAACCAUUAAGCUCACUGAACCAAUGCUAACUUACAAAUCAACAGCAUCUGUCACAUUCUCCCACUUUCCCCAUAAUCUACUCACUGCCAUUUGCCAACUAAUGCACUCAUUUGCUCAUAAAUUAAGAAAAAAAUGAAUGUGUGGUGGAAAUCUGUAGUAAAAAAACCAGGAAAUGCUGGAACUGCUUAGCAGGUCAAGUAGUGUCUGCUGAGGGAGAAUCAGUUAAUGUUUCAUACCCACAACCUGCAAUAGAUUUUUUGAUGCUCUUCUUUGGAAUGUCUGAACAUUGGAGCAAAUGUAGCUUGUGCAAUCAAAAUAUUAACUGUUUCUCUCUCCAGCAUAUUUGCGUGUUCUUUUAGUGAUUAUGCUUGGACAGAAAGAACAAGAUUAUCCUGUUCCUUAAAAUUCCCUGGGGCCCUACAUUCAUUGUGUACACCGUCUCCUUAUUCAUCCUCCCAACAUACAUCAUCACUUUUUCUUCCUGCCAUCCGUCUUUCCAUUUCACCAACUUAACAAUAUCAAUGUCACUAAAAACUACCCUGCUCACUAUCCGCUGGACACAGGCAUCCACUCACAAACACGGCCAUUUGUGACAAUGAAUUGCACAGAUUAACCACCCUCUAGCUAAAGAAAUUCCUUCUCAUCUCCGUUCUGAUGCUGUCGCGCCUGGCCCUAGACUUCCCCACUAUAGGAAACAAUCCUCUUCACAACCACUCUAUCUAAACCUUUCAACAUCUGAUAGGUUUUGCUGAGAUCCCCCUCAUUCUUCUAAGCUUCAGCAUGUACAGGCCCAGAGCUAUCAAACACUCUUCGUACAUUAACCGUUUCAUUCCCAGAAUCAUUCUUGUGACUCUCCUCUGGACCCUCUUUACAACCAACUCACUUCCUUUCACUGCAUUUCCAAAUGACACUUAUUUGCCCAAUCUCUCAAUCUGUCCAAAUCCUUCUGCAGACUCCCUCAAGGUCUGACUACUCACUACAUUGACAUGUAUACCAAAUGCCCCAUCAUCAGCCCUGUCACUCAAUUCUCAUCCCCUUGCCAGUUUAGUUCCUACCCUCCCCAACAGCUCUAGUAAACCUGCCCAUGAGGAUAUUCGUCCCCCUUGGGUUUAGGUGUAACCCAUCAUUUUUGUACAAGUUUCUUUCAUUCCUUCCGCAGAAGAGAUCCUAAUGAUCUCGGAAUCUGAACUGAUCUGUCUGUGCCAUCAUCCUAUUGCUGCCCUGAUGAGCAUGUGGCACUGGGAGUAAGACAGAGAUUACUACCCUGGAAGUUCUGUUCUUCAGCAUUUUCCCUGACUCCCUGUACUCAGUGCAGGAUCUCUUCCCCCUCCCCCACUUUCUGCCUGUCAUUGUCCCAUGGUGCACCUCGACCUCUGGCAUUUCACCCUCCCUUGAUAUUUUUUUGCAGCAGCUCUGAGACAUACAUCUAUGCAAUUGGGUCUGGAUCCACUGAGCUCUAACCCUUUGAAUUUAUUGUCUCUGACAAUAUCAGACAUGGGCAAACAACAACCAGACUGUCCUUUACAAUACAUUCUGUUACCUCUUCAAAAUGUUGCUCAAUUGGUCAAAUGUCUUUUUUUGGUAAUACUUCUUUUGUUAAUCUAUGAGUAAUCACUAACUUAGCAAGCAUGUAUGAUUCAUGUCAUUCAGAUUUUGUUUCUGCACAACCUCACAUCCUUGUCCUACCCUGCUUGAUCUGGUCUGCUAUUCUGGAAUACAACUAUCACAUUACCAGCUCUUUGGUCACCUUUCUCUUCACUUGUGGGUAGUUUAACAAUAAAAAUUUCUGCUGGGGCCAGAAUAGUCUAUCACAUGCCCCACAUAACAGACUGGGAUACAUCUUAGUUCCUUGGGGAGAUAAAUCCUCAAACUUUAUACGAUACCAAAUACGCCUUUUUCAAUGAUAACAUGCACUAUGAAGAGAUUCCCAAUGGAAUCAACUUAUUUGCUGGUUACCCUUACUACGCUCAUUAAAUGCUUUGGGGUUUUCCAUUAGCUUUCCUUUCUUUUUCAUUUUCAUGUUCCCCUCUAUACCAGUGAUACAUCUGUUCAAAUUAAAGUUUAUUAUUGGAGUACACACAUAAAAAAAUGGUGAGAUUCUUUUUCCUGCAGGCACAUUCAGCAAAUCUAUAGAAUAGUAACUGUAAACAGGAUCAAUGAAAGAGCAAGAGCACAGAAGACAACAAACUGUUGAAAUGCAACUACAAAUAAAAUAGCAAUAAAUAAUGAGAGCAUGGAAUAUCAAGAUAACAUGAUAGAUACUGCUUUCCUACAACAGCAUUUCAUAUAGAUGUACUCAAUGGCUCAGAAAGAUUUGCCCAUUAUGUACUGGGCCAAAUCCAUUACCUUUUGUAGGGUUUUCUGUUCAAAGGCAUUGGUGUUCCAGACUGUAAUGUAGCCAGUCAAUACACUUCCACUACACAUCUCUCGAAGUUUGUCAAGGUUUCUGAUGUCAUGCUGAAUGUCUGCAGCCUUCUAAGGAAGUUGAGGCACUGUCGUGCUUUCUUUACAAUUGCAUUUUGUAUAAUGGGCCCAGGACAAGUCCACUCGGAUGGUGACCCUCAGGCAUUUGAAGUUACUGACCCUCUCCACAUGUGAAGGGUAUCUUCAUUUUUAAUAUGCCUUCCUGCCAACAUCCUUCCUUUUUAUCCAACCCUCCAGGUCACUUGUCAUCUAAGUUCUUUUGGAUUUGCUGUUCUUGCCGUUCGCCCUUGUGGAACACAUUGUGCGUCAACUCUAAUUCUUCAAGUGUUACAUGAUUAUCAUUUGUCAGAUUUUAGAGUGGGCAUCUAUGACUAUCCCAUCACAACAACAUGAAGACAGUGACACAUCACCUGAACCAACCAUUAAUGCAUUUUGAAGUAUUCUCUGAUUUUCCAAUGAACAUUCUUCUGAUUAAAUAACCUUGUUGCUAUUGCAUUUUAAAGCAUUCAAGCCUCAAAAAUUUUGAAUUACCAUAAAAAAAUUACUUACUCCAAUAGCAGUUGAUAACCAAAUUAAAAAUUAUAGAUGUAGUAAGAUUGAUUAAUGGACCAUCUGUGCAAGCUCAGACCUAUUUGCUGGGAAGAGAGCAUCUUGUUCCUGGAGAAAUAUGUUGGGUCACCAGAGACUGAAAUUCAAGGAAAAUGAACACACCUGCCAAAUACUGAUCAGGCUAUGCAGAAUGAGGUGAGUGUGUCGAAAUGGGAAUGGUGAUGAGGUAAGGGAGAAGCAGAGAUCAGUGUAACAGGUAAGGUGAGAAUGUGGUGAAACAGAGAGGAACAGUGGGGACAGAGAGUGCGAGAGAUGGGGUGUGGAGGGGAAGAGAAGCAACAGGCAGAGGAGGGAAGUAAUGGGAAAUGUGGGAGAAUGGCACACAUCGGAAAGUGGGGGAGAGGAAGUGAAGCCAUGGAAAAAUGGGAAACAUGAUGAAAAUGUCGAACAACUACUUCCAUAUCCCUUCCGGAACAAGGUGAAAUUUUCCCCUGCAGU